AUGUUAUCGCAGGUUCCUAAUCAGCUUUCCUUCAGUGCCCAUCCAACUAACACAAUCUCCGACGAUUCUCUCGCCCUUCCUCCGUCUGAAAUCGGGAGUCCCCGGAAAGUGGGCAGCAAAAUUCCCGGUGAGACUGUGAGUCGAGAGGCCGAAUGGUUGCAAGGCUUAUUUGGAAGGUACUUCGAUUCGCAACCUUAUUCAGAUGUUACCUUGUACCUCGGUCCUCGAAAAGUCAAGAUCCAUGCCCAUUACGAGAUUCUGAACAUGUUGACUCCCUACUUCGACAAGGCUCGUAGAGGAGGUUUCAAAGAGGGAGUAACCAACGAGUUUUACUUUACUGAGCACAACCCGCACGCUCUCUAUCGCAUGUUGCAGUACAUUUAUACGUCGGACUAUUCACAGGUGGUAAACCAGUUGAAUGAUGCAGCUUAUGAUCCGGAAUUGCUCAUGCACACGCAGGUCUACAUUCUUGCAGACUACUUCGAUGUUAUUGGUCUGAGAGGGCUCGCCUUUAUAAGAUUUGCUAGAGUGGCCUUGGUCCACUGGGAGCGCGAUUCGCAAGUCGAAUCAAUCGAUUUCACCCACAGCUACUCGGAUACGAGGAGGAGGAUUAUACCUGCAUUCACAGACUACGUGGUCGAACAGCAUAAAAAGGCGGGCUUUGGAGAUUUCCUUGAUCAACAUGAUGGGUUUGUACAGAUUGUUGUUGAAUUGAUGUUUGAAUUUAGGAAACCGGAUCUAUUUCCUAUCUGA